AUGAGUGGUCAAAUAUUGGACAAGAAUACCAUUGAUAUACUUUCUCGUGAGUGUAUAAGAGCUCGAGAAUCGUCAUAUAGUCCAUAUUCUAAGUUCCGUGUCGGCUGUAGUAUAUUGUUGACCAAUGGUAAAAUUAUUCGUGGUUGUAAUGUAGAGGUAGCAAGCUUUGCCGGGACGAUAUGUGCAGAAAGGACAGCAAUUGUUAAACUAAUUAGUGAUGAUGAAGAUAAUAAUGGCAAUUCAACUAAGUUACAACAAGUGGAAUGUAUAGGGAUUAUAGGUGAUACAAAAGAAGGCGUCAUUACACCAUGUGGUAUAUGUAGACAAGUAUUGAGAGAAUUUUUACCUUCAAAGACUAAAAUAGUUAUGUUCAAUAAUGACGGUACUCAAAAUGAAAUAUUGACAUUAGAAGACUUAUUGCCGUAUAGCUUUGGAUCUGAUAGUUUGGGAACUUAA